AUGGCAGACCCGGAAGGCGCGGUUCUUCCCCCACCCGAUGGCGUUGAGCCUAACCUCGACAACCCACCGAAUGGCAACGCGCUCAUCAAUGGGCUUACUUCGCUAUUCCUUGCCAUCUCGCUCAUUUUCCUUCUUAUCCGCGCCUAUGCGAGAACCUCUUACAUGAAGAAUCGACCCGCACUGGGAGACUAUGUGAUACUACCAGCGAUAGGCACGUACAUUGCCGGCUGCGUUUUCGUGUUCCGCGUGGCUGCUACUUCAGGCUUCUUUGUCCAUGGAUGGGACUUCCGGCUCAAGAACCUGGCGUGGUUCUACUACAAUCUUUUCCUGGGAACUCAGAUGUAUUUGGCCACCAUGAUCUUCUUGAAGACAGCCAUUCUCCUCGAAUGGGCGCGCAUCUUUGGCCCAGGUAGUCGCAAAGCCUUCCGGUGGACAUGCUAUAUCAUAGCAGGGCUCAAUUCGACUUACUAUAUCAUCAACAUCAUUCUCGAGUGCACGUCGUGCACCCCGCGAGAAUACUACUGGGACAAGACAAUCCCUGGCGGUCACUGCCUAGACGCGGCCGUCCUAUCCCUGACCUCUGCACUCGUCAACCUCCUGUUCGAUCUUGCUAUUCUCCUCCUCCCCCAAGGUGUCAUCUGGCGCCUGAAUAUGUCCCGGAGGAAGCGAGUUGGCGUUUCUGUCGUCUUUGUCAUAGGUCUCCUGUAUGAUCACCAUUUCCCGUACUGUCUUACUUUCUAUGCAGAUGCUAACCCGCACGAUGUUGCAGAGGCUGUAUAUGUGCGGCGCUCCGAAUAG